AUGAGACUUCAAGCUCCGGGCGAGGGGCAGGACGCUCUUAGUGCGCUGCCGCUCGCGGCACUGAGGCGCAUCUUCGAAUAUCUGCGCCCUCGCGACCUGUGCCUGGUGGAGCGCAUCUGCACGAGUUGGCAUGAUCUGCCGUCGAAGGAGGAGAAGAACAGGCUGUGGUGGCGCCACGUGAUGCGCGAGACGUGGGACGAAGGCUGUGCGCCGACGGCGAUGGGGCGCGCCGAGAAGAAGAAGCUGUGGAAGGACGAAUACGCCGCCAGCAUCGCCCCCAAGCUGCGCCAACCCUUUGCCAAGAGGAAGGCCGCCCUCCUUAUCAGUCGCAAGGCGAAGGUGAACGCCGAACAGGACCAGGAAGAAGACGACAGCCUCCCCGAAGCAGAGUGGGGUUCGCCUCCUAAAGACAAGGUCACCAUGCGCACCUACUACAAGAGCAUCAGGUCCAAGCCCAAGAACAAGAGAGCCAAGGGGGGCAUGCGGACUCACAUAGUUGAGGACUACACGUGGGACAAUGACGACGUGUGCGCCGCGCCGCGCUGGUAA